UGUAUUUUUCUAUCUUAAUUGUCAAAUAUUUAAGGGUGGCAAGGACAAAGUUCUUUCUUACUAGUGAGGAGGCUAGUAUUUUCCAUCAUCAAUAACCUAUUACUUUAACGAGCCGAGACAUAGAUUUACUCAAAUUCAUCAUUUUUCAAUCCUAGACUCGUAAACAUCCCUAAGAUUUUUGUUGUGAUUGAUUAGAUAUUAUUUUUUUGUGAUUUAUUCUUACAGUGACUUUUACUCCACGAAAAUUGAAAUUAAUACAUCUAAUUUAAGACUUCUCUAAAAAAUAUAUUUGGCAUUUGGAUAGGAUUUUGAAACAUCCCUAAAAACAUAACACCCAUCAACUCAAGUACUCUAGCGGAUGGGUUAUGAAAAAUUUAAUCUUUUAUAGAACCUAACACUCCCCGUUACUUAUAGACUUGGAAAUUUGCAGAAGGCUUUAACAAGUGGUAAUCAAUGUUAAAUGGGGAGGAAAUGACAUUAUAGCGGUUCGAAUCAAAUACAUAAUCUCAUAUUGUGAUAUCAUGUUAAAUUACCAGUCAACCUAAAAGCUUAAACUAAUAAGUUACGAUAAAUUUAAUAUUUUAUAGAUCCUUUAACGGUUAUCAAAUUGACCAUUGAGGUUACAAGGCCAAUUACAAAAAUCUCAUAGUAAUUUACUUGUCAAAAUUUAUCAUAAAAUUAUUCUUAUAUUAGUUUUGUUGUGGUGGGAUGACAGUUGAGUGAUAAUUCCAAGCGGUCUCUUAAAACUAGCUAUAUAUGAGGAUCCAAAGAUGAUGGGUAGUUAUUAUGAACCUUACCCAACUAGUUAAGGUAUACAUUUAAACAAGAUGUCUGAAUCUUCACCGCACACUAUUAGUUUAAAAUAAAAGAAAACUAUAGAUAAUGAAAACUUACCCGAACAUAAUUUUAUUUUUUUUGAGGUCGAAGCUCAAUCUCCCUCCAUUGCCAUAGUAAAAGAAAAGUGGUGGACGUUCACCCUAAACGUGAGGGGAGAGUUGGUUAGAAUAUGGCCAACUACCAGCUGCUCAGCUACCUCAUUAAUAGCAUUUAUAUGGAAACAAGGUUAUUUUUAGGAUUCUUUUAUUGGUAUGCACUGCCCAACUUUUCUUGAAAGAAGAGAGAUAUUUGAUCAAUGCAAUUAAAUGAACUUUAUUAGUUAGGUAGAGGGAAGGCACAUUACAAUGUAUGGCUAUGUUUAGGAUAUGAAAAAAUAUGGUUAAUAUUAUUUUAAUAUCAUUUUUAUUAUUUAACCAAACAAUAUGAGAGCUUAGAAAAACACGUUUGAGAGGCCGAAAGCACUUACGAUACAAUGUGUUUGUAUAAAAAGUGUCUUUAGCAAAAAUACUUAACAAUAAACACUUAAGUAAAAAAAAUGUUCGAUACAAAUUAAUUUUGAUGUUUGAUUCUACACUUUUAAAAAUUGUUUCAAACAACGCCUUAAGGUGUUUACUAACAAAGUGCUAUUAAAAAAAUACUUUUUACUUGACUACCUACGGGUGUGUCAUGCCAAAAGUACUUUCUCAUAUAGCUCAAAUUUGUUAGAAAGAGCAGCAUGAGAAAAACCAAUAACGAGUGAAAUGGUGGUAAUAGAAAGAGGGAGAGCACCAAAUGACAAUCCUUAGACAAACAAUUCAAGAAGCCCAACCACUUUCAAUGUCCUCAAUAACUACCAAAUCACAUCUCUUUUACUCCCCAUCCAAAAGGCCAAUAAUUAGUACUCUCCCCAAUUUUCUCUGCAAUUCUCCGGCAACUUCUCACCGGAAAUGGUUCACCCUGUGGAGGACGCCGACGAGCGGAGCCCCUUCGGCUCUCUCACCGCCGACGAAUUCUACGCCCGCCAUUCUGUGAGCCAUGGCUCCGAAUUCAUCACCAAUUCCAGAGGCCUUAAGUUGUUUACGCAGUGGUGGAGCCCUCUAGCUCCGAUCAAGCCCAUUGGAAUCAUCGCCGUCGUCCAUGGCUACACCGGCGAGUCCAGCUGGCUCGUUCAGCUCACCGCCGUGCACUUCACUAAGGCCGGCUUCAUCACUUGCGCCAUCGAUCAUCAGGGCCACGGAUUCUCCGACGGCCUCCUGUACCACAUACCGGACAUCAACCCCGUCGUCGACGACUGUAUCGCGUUCUUCGACGCGUUUCGUAAGCGUCACGCGCCGUCGCUGCCUUCUUUUCUCUACGCCGAGUCGCUCGGCGGCGCGAUUGCGCUUCUCAUCACGCUCCGCCAGAAAGGGAGCGGCGGCUCGCGUCCGUGGAACGGCGUCGUUCUCAACGGCGCGAUGUGCGGAAUCAGCGCCAAGUUCAAACCGCCGUGGCCUCUGGAGCACUUCCUCUCCCUGGCCGCCGCUCUGCUUCCGACGUGGCGCGUGGUUCCCACGCGCGGAUCUAUACCGGAGGUGUCCUUCAAGGUCGACUGGAAGCGGAAGCUCGCGGUUGCGAGCCCGCAGCGUGUGGUGAUGCGGCCUCGGGCGGCGACGGCGCAGGAGCUGAUGAGAGUGUGCAAGGAGUUGCAAGAGAAGUUCGGCGAGGUGGAGAUUCCGCUUCUGAUCGUGCACGGCGGCGACGACGUGGUCUGCGAUCCGGCGUGCGUGGAGGAGCUGUACAGACGCGCCGCCAGCAAAGAUAAGACGCUGAAGAUAUAUCCAGGUAUGUGGCACCAAUUGAUUGGAGAAGCUAAAGAGGAUGUUGAGCAAGUUUUUGGUGAUAUGGUUGAGUGGCUCAGAAGCAGGGCCGCCGGAGAUGGCCCUACGACGGCGGCCGGAGGGGAGUGACCCGCCGGAGAGGCCAAAUCUUCCCUCUAAUUAAAUCGGAUCUUGGAAUUGAAGAGCAAUAAUACAAAAUUAAUGUCGAUUUAAUAAAUGAAAGUUUGGAGGGUUUUUACUCAAUGGGCAAAGUGUUUGUUCGGCUUUAGGGUUUGUUUGGGAGUUAUAUCUCAAGAAUAGUUUUCUACUAGUUGUGGGAAUUUUUUCCUUUUUUGGACAAAGAAAGUUUUAAGAAAUUAUUCUAAA